AUGGUGAAGUUCUAUUCUCUACUAUUAAUCCUCCUCAUCAUAUCCUUUGUUAUCCCAGCUCUCUCAGUGUCAGCACCCACUGAGAUAAUUACCUCUUGUCUUAAUCGUCACAAUAUAAACAACUACACCACUUUCUCUAACAUAGAAAAUAAUGAGUCUUCACUCUACUAUAAUCUUCUCAACUUUUCCAUUCAAAAUCUUCGCUUUGCUGAAGCCACAAAUCCUAAGCCAAUAGCUAUUAUCUUGCCAGAGAGUAAGGAGCAGCUAAUCAACAGUGUCUUGUGUUGUAUUGCAGGGCCAUGGGAGAUUAGAGUAAGGUGCGGUGGACAUAACUACGAGGGUACCUCAUCGGUAGCCAGCGAUGGAGCUCCAUUUGUGAUAAUAGACAUGAUGAAUCUGAACCUUGUUUCGGUGGAUUUGGAAUCCGAAACAGCAUGGGUGGAAGGUGGUGCAACGCUUGGUGAGACAUACCACGCUAUUGCUGAGUCAAGUAGAAUACAUGCCUUUUCUGCUGGGUCCUGUCCAACAGUAGGGGCUGGUGGCCAUAUUGGCGGUGGUGGCUUUGGCUUUUUAUCAAGAAAAUACGGUCUAGCAGCUGAUAAUGUGAUUGAUGCUCUUCUCCUCAACGCAGAUGGUGAAAUAUUAGACAGGCAAGCUAUGGGAGAAGAUGUUUUUUGGGCUAUUAGAGGGGGUGGUGGCGGCUUUUGGGGAAUUGUUUACGCAUGGAAAGUCAACUUGCUGAAAGUACCACAGAGGGUAACCAGCUUCAUUGUGUCUAGACCUGGAACAAAAGCCCAGGUGGCCAAGUUAGUAAACAAAUGGCAACACGUUGCUCCCAACUUUGAAGGUGACCUGUAUUUAUCAUGCUUUGUGGGUGCUGGCCUACCUGAGACUAAGGCUAUGGGCCUAUCCGCAACAUUUAAAGGCUUCUUCCUAGGUCCAAGAAGGGAAGCCCUUUCAAUCCUACGCCGGAGUUUUCCUCAAUUGGGUGUUGCUGAGGAAGAUUGCAAGGAAACGAGUUGGAUUGAUUCAGUGCUAUUCUUCUCUGGCCUAGCUGAUGGAGCCACAGUCUCCGACCUCAAGAACAGGUAUUUGCAAGACAAGCACUAUUUUAAGGCCAAAUCAGACUAUGUAAGGAAUCCAAUUUCCUUAACAGGCAUAAGGGCUGCCCUGGACAUACUUGACAAGGAACCAAAAGGGUAUGUAGUAUUAGACCCUUAUGGUGGCAUCAUGAACAACAUAAGCAGUGACUCAAUUGCUUUUCCUCACAGACAAGGUAAUUUGUACACAAUACAAUACCUGGUGGAGUGGCAUGAAGUAGAUGGAGACAAAGGCAACGAGUAUAUUGAAUGGAUAAGAGGAUUUUAUACUGCAAUGGCAGGCUAUGUUUCAUGGGGUCCGAGGGCAGCUUAUAUAAAUUACAUGGACUUCGACCUCGGAGUGAUGGAAUUAAUUAACACUAGUGUCCCAUCUUAUGAUACCGUCGAGAUUGCUAGAGUUUGGGGUGAAAAGUACUUCUUGAACAACUACGACAGGUUGGUUAAAGCCAAGACACUGAUUGAUCCGAACAACAUUUUCAAAAAUCAACAGGGGAUUCCUCCAGCCACCUCAGUAGGUUUCAAGGCAACUAGUUUCUAGCAAUGGAAAGGUUAAACUUGUAUUUUAAUA